CUCAAGUUCAGGAGGUCGUGUCAUGUAAGCAGCGACUCUGUGGAACGGGUUUCUUCUUAGCAAGCAGUAGAGCAGACGGUAGCUUUUUUCCUUUGAGGCAUUUUUUCAUAUCCUUCGAAGCAGAAGAUGGAUGUGAAAGAGGAAAUGUUUGAGGCUGACAUGAAUAUCAUGAAGGAAAUGACGAUAAAUGUUAAGGAGGAAGACUGCGGAUGGGAGUGGGUCUACCCUAAACAGGACAGUCUGGACAUUAAGGAAGAGGACUGUGAAGUGGGAUCAAUGAAUAUUAAAGAGGAGGUUGAAGAGAUGUGUGUCAGAACUGAGAUGCACAACUAUAGAAGUAUGGAGAGUGUCGAGGAAGAUGACCUUUAUUAUGAAUAUCAAGAUGGAGCAGUAACCGGGUUAGUCUCUUCUCAUAGCAGACACUCUUCGUCUCCAGAGUCUUCUGUCAAUGUAAAAUAUGAAUCACUACAGUCUGACACAAAUAAGACUGGAGAAGGUUCAUCUCCUAGAACUCAGGAAGGCCAGCCACCACCUAAAAUGUCAACUAAAACAAGCAUCAAACUUCACUGCUGUUCUGAGUGUGGCAAACGAUUUUCUGACGUGAGUAAACUUCAGAGCCACAAAAGAAUUCACACAGAAGAGAAGCAGUUUGGUUGUAGUAAAUGUGGCAAGCACUUUUCAAAAAGACAUUAUCUCCAGAAUCACCAAAAAAUUCACACAGAGGAAAAGCCACAUUUCUGUUCUGAAUGUGGCAAAACGUUUUCAUGGAGAAGCCAUCUUCAGAGCCACCAAAGAGUUCACACGGGGGAAAAGCCCUAUUGCUGUUCUGAAUGUGGUAAACAGUUUUCACGUAGAGACCAUCUCCAGAGCCACCAAAGAAUUCACACGGGGGAAAAGCCAUAUUACUGUUCUGAAUGUGGUAAACAAUUCUCGCACAGUUUUAAUCUUCUGAUGCACACUAAAACCCACUCAGGUGAAAAGCCAUAUCGCUGUUCUGAAUGUGGCAAACAGUUUUCACGAAGUAACAACCUUUCAACUCACAAAAGAAUUCACACAGGCGAGAAGAAGUAUUGCUGCCUUGAAUGUGGAAAACAAUUCUCACACAGUAAUACUCUUCUGACACACAUUAAAACUCACACAGGAGAGAAGCCAUAUUGCUGUUCUGAAUGUGGCAAACAGUUUUCACGGAGAAGCCAUCUUCAGAGCCACAAAAUAAUUCACACAGGAGAGAAACCAUAUUGCUGUUUGGAAUGUGGCAAACAGUUUUCACGUAGACACCAUCUCCAGAGCCACCAAAGAAUUCACACAGGGGAGAAGCCAUAUUAUUGUACUGAAUGUGGUAAACAGUUCUCCCACAGUAAUACUCUUCUGAGGCACAUUAAUACUCACUCAGGAGGAAGCCAUAUUGCUGUUCUGAAUAUGGCAAACAGUUUUCACAAAGAAGUCGCCCUUUGACUCACAAAAUAAUUCACACAGGACCAAAGCCAUAUUGCUUUAUUGAAUAUGGCAAACAGUAUUCAUGUAGAGACCAUCUUGAGUCCCACAAAAGAUAAGAGAGAAUUGUUUGGAUUAGACAAAUGCACCAAAGUAGCAUUCAAAAAGAAAUACUUGGGAACUAGUGAUGUGUCGUUCACGAACGAGCCGGCUCUAAGAGCCGAUGCUUUGAAGCGAACGAGAGGAGCCGAUGCCCGUGGAGCGGAACCGAAGCUUCAGCGGCUCCUGCUCAGCUCUGCUGAAAAUCCAUUCGGCAGGGGCAGGACUUUACUUAUAUGGGCACACAGAACAUUGGCUCAUAAUGCCGGCUCGUUCACGAACAACACAUCGGACUAGGAUCGUACCAUUAUGUGAAAGAAGGAAGGGGGCAGAUGCUCCGAAGACAGCGAGUGUUGGUACAGGCCAGGUACACAGAGCGACACUGUCGCUGCGACAGACGAGGAGCCAGAUUUAAAUGCAAGCGCAUCGUGAAGAAAAAAAGAAGAGUGAAGAAAUGAGUGAAAGCCGAAAAAGAAGCAGCAUCUGGCUGCAUUUCAGUGAUUUUGGAGACUGCAAAGCUAAGUGCAGAAUUUGUAAUAUGAAAAUAUCUGUUAGAGCAGGGUCAACAACAAACCUGCACAGACAUAUCAGAACCACCCACCCAUCCGUGCAACUGGAGGAGAGCGUGCCCUCUCUCCUGCCAUCCACUCACCCUGGAAAAGAGCCAAGUACUUCUGCUGCAGCAUCCACUGUCUUACUGAAAACUGCAGGUAUAACACGGUCUUCAGUUCAAACCAAAAUAAGCACAUUUAUUCCAAAACAAAUGACGCCAAACAAACAAACAAAUAAGAGUCGAUGAGGAGCUGGCUAAAAUAAUAGAUAGCGACUUUCAACCAUUUUCCAUUGUGGAGGACAGAGGAUUUACAACUUUUGUACAGGCCUUAAACCCCAUGUAUGUUCUCCCUAGCAGAAAAACUUUGUCUCAAACAAUUAUUCCAUAACUAUAUAUCUGAGGAUGGAGUACAACACUGUGCUUUCAGAAACCACUGCUCUGGAAAAAAGGUAGCAUUUAAUGACAACAGAGCUGUGGAUGAGGCAUUUCAAAGAAUUAAGUGCAGCAGCAGCAAGAUGCAACCCCAGCAGCCUGUCUGCUCCUCCAUCAGAGGGCCAAGAGGAAGAAAUUGGAGCAGAGGCGCGUUCACAGGAACCACAAGCUUCUGCUGUGUGGAGGCUCUUUGACGAAAGAGCAACAGGAGACACUGCAAGGAGAAAUCCCACAGCUGAUGCUAUGCUGGAGUUGAGGUCCUAUCUUGAGGAGCCCCUCAUCCAAAGAGCUGAAGACCCACUGAGCUGGUGGGAGGCCAAGGCUGCAGUCUACCCACGCCUGGUUAAGGUAAUGGUAGGAAGACUUUGCAUUGUCGCUACAUCGGUCCCCUCAGAAAGAGUCUUCUCAAAAACAGGACAAAUAAUCACGGAGAGGAGAAAUCGCAUCAGCCCAUCUAAGCUGAGGCAUCUGGCAUUUCUGAAUGCCAACCUGGCCUAAAAACUUUUAUUCAAAGAGUCAUAGUGUUGUGUUGUUGAGUUUGGCCUUUAUUUAAUUUGUUUGCUGUGGUUUUGUGUUAAGUUGUUCAUUUAAAGCUUUUAUUAAAAUGUUAAACAAUAGUAACUGUGUAUUUUUUGUAAUGAAAAAUGCAUAAAAAUACGUAAUGUCUGAAAACAAUGAAUAAGAAAUUGCUUAUACACAAACCAUUCAUAAUUGCUUAAUUUGGCUAAAAUAUAAGCAUCCAAGUGAUACUAAACGAAGAGCCAUUC